UAUGGUAGCUUGUCCUCCAAAAAGCCUUUUAACUCUCUUGAGGAGCUUGAAUUUGCUGAGAUGACAGAGUGGAAGCAGUGGCACGUACCAGGGAAUGGAGAGUUCCCUACACUUGAGAAACUUUCACUUUCAAAAUGCCCUGAACUCUGUUUGGAGACACCCAUCCAACUUUCAAGUUUGAAAGAGUUUCACGUUACUGAUUCUCCAAAGGUUGGAGUUCUUUUUGAUGAAGCUGAACUGUUUACAUCCCAACUUCAGGGAAUGAAACAGAUUGUUAGAUUAUCUAUUACUGAUUGUAACUCUCUUGCCUCUUUACCUAUUAGCAUUCAGCCUAGUACCUUGAAGAGAAUAAAGAUAUCUCGUUGUCGGAAAUUGAAAUUGGAGAGGCCAGUUGGUUAUUGUGACAUGUUUCUAGAGGAAUUGAAACUGGUUGAUUGUGAUUCUAUAGCCGAUACAUCAUCAGCUGAGUAUGAGUUGGUCCCAAGAGCACGCGAUUUGAAUGUAAGUAGUUGCCACAGCCUUUCUGGGUUUUUGAUUCCUACCAGAGCUGAAGAACUCGAAAUUUGGAAUUGUGAAAAUCUUGAAAUACUUUCGGUGGCAGGUGGGACUCAGAUAACUUCAUUGUGUAUAGAGAAUUGUGAGAAGCUGAAGUGGCUUCCGGAACGUAUGCAGGAACUCGUUCCAUCUCUUAAGAGACUGACACUGGGGAAUUGUCCAGAAAUAGAGUCCUUUCCUGAAGGAGGAUUGCUGUUCAAUUUAGAAUGCCUUUGGAUUUGCAAUUGCCGGAAACUGGUGAACGGUCGAAAGGAGUGGUGUUUACAGAGACUCUCAUGUCUCAGAAUGUUAGCAAUCGAACAUGAUGGCAGCGACGAAGAGAUUCUUACUGAUGAGAAUUGGGAGUUGCCUUGCUCUGUUCGAACUCUUCACAUAUCCAAUCUGAAAACAUUAAGCAGCCAACUUCUCAAAAGCCUCACCUCUCUUGUGUUAAUAGAACUUUAUUGAAAGAAAGAAAGGCUAAGGUUUACAAUAUAAUC